GCUAGGCACAAAAUACGACGAUACUUCCUACUUACGGCAAGCUCCAGGACAACAAAACAUAGCACUCAGCUAACAAAACCAUGCAGCAGCGUGAAGAGAAACAGCUGGAGGCGUCUGUGGAGUCGCUUAUUUCUCGAGUAGCUCACGUCAAAAACGCUCUGCACAGCUUUAUUUACAAGUUAGAGAAUGAAUACGACAGAUUAACAUGGCCGUCAGUAUUGGACAACUUUGCCCUGCUGUCCGGUCAGCUCAACACCAUCAACAAACUUCUAAAGAAUGAGAAGACCCCGUCUUAUCGCAGUCAGGUUAUCAUCCCUCUGCUGCUCUCCCCAGACAGAGAUGACGAUUUGGCUAAAUUAACAGAGCAGCGAGUGCCGGUGUUCAGCCAUGAAAUAGUUCCUGAUUAUUUGCGCACAAAGCCUGACCCUGAAGUGGAGGAACAAGAGAAGCAGCUGAGUGCAGAGGCAGCUCGCAUAGGCCCUGAAAUGGCACAGAAGCAGAUCCAGACAUUGAAUAAGCUGUGUUCCGGUCUUUUGGAAAAACUGAACAACCCCAGAGAUGAGAGGGAGGCUGAGACUGCAGCUUUAAGACAGAACAAACCAUCGUUCAACCCUACAGACACAAAUGCCCUGGUUGGAGCAGUGGCAUUUGGCAAAGGUUUGUCUAAAUGCAGGCCCCCAGGACCAGUGGCCCCUGGGCUCCCGGGACAGGGGCCCAUGAUGAGCGGGGGCCCCACUCUGCAGCAGGUCACCAUUGGAGGGGGCUCUGGUCAACAGCCUUCGAUGGGAGGUCCUGUUCCUCAGCAACAACAGGGGCAGCCAGGAAAAAUGCCCAGCAGUAUCAAGACAAAUAUCAAGUCUGCAUCAGGCUCCAUGCAUCCGUACAACCGAUGACGUUCUCACCGCAUCCAUCUGAUAGUUUUUGUUAAAAUGUCAUGAUACAUUACAAAUAAUUAUACGAAUUCUUUUGUUUUCUUCUGACAAUAAUAAAACAUACUUUUGUACUGAG